GGGAAACAGGGCGUGGCUGACGGCGAGGCUUCUGUCAGAAGACUGGUCUAUGAAUGCACUGUCUGCUUGGUCUUCUAAGACCCAGGAAGGGCACUCUAUUGGGCCUUGGCUGUUGGGGCGGCAGAUGUACCCAAGAAGCCAGGACGGAUGAGAUGAUAUAAAGAGCUACGUCUCUUAGUCGCCUCUCCCUUGCUGUCACUCUUGUGCUUUCCCUUGGCAAGAGCCUUUGGACUUCUCGCCCCCAAAGCUCAUCUUAGAGUAUAUUCACUGUAGUUGUAUACGGGAGUUCGGUGGUGAAGCUGCGGGCUCCACAACGCAGAGUACACUAUAGAAACAACCAGUAAACGUGUCAUACCUCGUAGCUUGAACACGAGUAAUUCAAGAUGCGUCAUUCUACUCUCGGCCGGACAUCGGCCUGGGCCCUGUUGACGCUCUCGCUACUCCAAACAAGUUCAGCGUGGCCCACGUUCAAUCUAUACAACUCCCAGUUCGCAAAGCGUCAAUCACAGCCAGAUGGUCCGCCUCAGGGCGGUGCACAAUCCGACCCAGCUUUCAACGAAGAGUAUGACUUUAUCAUUGCUGGAGGAGGAACAGCUGGAUUGGUCCUGGCAAAUCGCCUGACGGAAUCUGGAAACUUCACCGUGCUAGUUCUCGAAGCUGGGCCAAGCCCAGAGCAAGUACUGGCAUACGAGUCACCAGGAGGCAACCAGUUCAUCAAGGGCAGUAUCAUCGACUGGGGUCUCAUCACAGAGCCUCAACAGCACUUGAACAACCGCACUCUGCAGUACCUUCGUGGAAGAGGUCUCGGAGGCUCCAGCACGACCAAUGGUCUUUACUACGCUCGUGGCUCAGCCAGCGUGUAUGACCAUUGGGAGAAGCUUGGAAAUGCAGGAUGGGGCUGGAAAGACGUGUGGCCUCUGUUCCGAAAGAGCACAAAGAUCAACUCACCCUCUUCGACCAAGGAGCUAGCAGCUUUCACUCAACAAUACAAGACUUUCGAAGCUAGUGCUUAUAGCGACGGUCCACUCCAACUGGGCUUCCAAGGAUACGUUCCCCCUUCCACCAGCGGCUUCGUCGUAGCUUGCAGCGAAGCCGCAAACAUCCCCAUUGUCAACGACUUGAACCUGGGAGACGGCCAUGGUGUCAAGCACGGAACCACGACGCUCGACAGCAGGCUUCGAAGGAGCUCUAGCUACAACAGCUUCUACGGACAGGCCCGCAACCGUGGCAACCUGAGAGUCCUGCACGACGCACCUGUUACUGGUAUCAUGCUGAGCAAGCCUUCGAAUUCCAGCAGCAGUCGACCUCGCGCCAUGGGCGUCAGCUACGUCCGCCACGCAACCGGUCUCGUCAACAUGGCUCGCGCCAAAAAAGAAGUCAUUGUCAGCAUGGGGGCCUUCCACUCGCCUCAACUCCUCAUGCUCUCUGGCAUCGGUCCCAAGGCACAGCUCGAAAAAGUCGGCGUCACCCCCGUCGUCGUCAACGAAAACGUAGGCCAACACCUCAACGACCACUCGGUCUUUUCCAUCAUGGCGCGCGCCGUCGACUCGGCCUCCACAACCGACAUGUCGCGGACGCCCGCGAACCUGCGCAAAGCCCAGGACGAAUACUACAGCAACCUGACGGGCCCGUACACAGCCCCCUCUGGCGUGACCAACGGGUUCCAGAAGUUCAGCGAGCAGGAACUGCGCGACAUUGGCGCGCAAGCCGUUAUUGACGCGGGCCUCGCCAACCAAACCCACGUCGAGUAUCUGUUUGAAAGCGUGUGGUACCCGUGGAUCCCGACGCCGUACUGGACGCCGCUGGCCAACGAGUCGUACAUUUCCGUCACGGCAUCCAGCAUGGUGCAGCUGUCGCGCGGCACCGUGACGCUGCGCAGCGCAUCCAUGACGGACGAGCCGCUCAUCAACAGCAACUACUACGCAGAUCCCACCGACGCCGCCGUCGGCAUCGCGUCCUUCAAGUACCUGCGCAAGAUCCUGCGCCACCCAGCCCUCGCCCAGUAUACCAUUGGGCCUAAUGCCGGCGAAGUAAGCCCUGGCUCUGCCGUUGCGGAUAACGACGACAAGGCCAUCUUGGACUACAUCAAAGCGAAUACCAUGCCCAAUUGGCAUGCCACUGGUACCAACCGCAUGUUGCCGGAGAAAGAUGGCGGUGUCGUGGACAACACGCUUAAGGUCUAUGGCGUCGAUGGUUUGAGGGUCGUGGACUGCAGUAUUGUGCCUGUGCUGCCCGAUGCUAAUAUCCUGGCGAGUAUCUACAUGGUGGCUGAGAAGGGGGCUGAGAUGAUUCGUAAGGAGUGGGGCGAUUCGGGUAUCUAG